AUGGAAGGUUUCUCUAGUAAUACUGAAUCAUCAGUAGGAAAUAAAUCUGAGGUGAUGGAGGCUUGGAAAGGAGGAAUGGGAUUAAUGGUUCUGUGGCUGGUGAUGAUGCUUGAAAUGUCAUUAAUAUUAUUAUUGGGUGUAUCUGCAUCUCCAUCUGCAUCAUCUGAUCAGAUUAUGCCAGAACAUAUACCACAGCCUGAAAACUGCAUUGUGCAAUGCAUGAGGGAAUGCAAAAGCAGUGGCAUAGGAGUGGCUGCCUGCAUCAAAUAUUGUCCGGUGCAUUGCCUUCCUCCCGAGACUAGUUCACGCAAAGCCCACUACUGUAAUCUUGGAUGCAUGCUCGAUCAAUGUGCUAAGUUCACUGAUGAUGAAGAGAUGAUGGGACGCUGUGUGUCCAAUUGCCGUACUUUCCAUUGCAAUAUCAAAGCCUAA